AUGCCGAGGCACGGCGCAGUGUACGUGGUUCCUCAUCCCAAUACAGUUUAUUUCUCUGCACCGUUCUUUUGUUUGACGAUUUCUUCUGAAUUUCCUAACUUUCUUCCUCCUUCGUUUCCUAACCAUCAUCCACACAGAACCCCCACCGCCCUCGGACAUGGCCAAGGUCUCAUUCGCUUACUUCAAUUCUCCGGCAACCUCGCCUCAGAAUCAAAGCAGAAACAUCAGUUAUCGUGGUGGAAUGAGUUGAUCAAAGAGUAUUUUACUCCAAAAGCUAUCAUGCGGUUUACGCUGUGGAGAGAUAAUCAAAGGAAUGAAGCGAAGCCUUUCGAAAUCGGCGUCCCGAUCCUCCCCCGCUUUCUUCUCGUCACCACGCAAUCCGGGGUCAAAUCAAUGACCCUCACUCUCGACGGAGCCCGAGAACGCUUAUACGCAUACGGACAUGCGAUUGUGGAAUGUGUUGCCGCAGUGUGGACGUACAAGUAUAACAAUGGUUAUACAGUCGCACUCAGAGGUCCACUUACUGUUCAUGUGGUGGUCACUGCCGCGCCUUCAACGACGACAUCGCCUGGAGCAGGCAACAUUCUCCUAAAAUUCGAGGAUUUUCAGUUCGAUGCUAGUUAUCAUGACAAGUAUAUCGCGUUGGAGAGUAUCAUGGGCCCAAGGAGUAUAGAGAGCCCGAAAGGGUAUCUACCUCCUCCUUCAGUUACGACAGUGGGAACUGGCACCCCAACCACUGCGAACACGUCGACGUCGACGACGCCGAGGUUACCUCAUCCUUCGGCAUCUUCCGGGCAGUCUCAAUGGGACGAACCUCGAGUGCUCAUAUCACAAGGCUUCAUACCUGGUGAACCGGUAAACGCAUUCGGGAUUCCGCAGGCCACGAUGCGGUGUCUUGAGCUUGCGGAAAGCGUCGCACAGAUGAGUGAUUUGAUCGUGUUCUCGAAGGAGGAGGGGUUAGGACCGCUGGGUAAGUAUCUCUGUUUCCUCCUUGUGUGUUGA